UAGAUCAGUUUGUGUCAGCAGUCAGACGUUGGAGGUCGUAGUGUUUGCCACGGUUCGCCUUCCAGUUCCGUCACAUCGAGACUUGUACUAGGCCAUCAAUUGAUCGCUUAUUUGACAGCGCGUGUGUGUGCCAGCACCAGCAACAACAACAAAAUGAAUGUUUUGAGAAAAUUGCCCACACGUUUGAUCGCCAAUGCCUUGCGUCAACAACAAAGUGCCGCUAUGUCCUCCGGCACUGCCACUACUCCCACCCCAUUGACUUUCCUUACUGAGGAUGAGAAGAUGAUGAAGGAAACCGUUGCCAAAAUUGCUCAGGAACAAAUUGCUCCCCAUGUCAAGAAAAUGGACGAACAACACAAAUUCGAACCCUCUGUUGUCCAGGCUAUGUUCGACAACGGUUUCAUGGGUAUUGAAAUCGACACUGAAUUGGGUGGCAGUGGAUGCAAUUUCUUGACCACCAUUUUGACUGUUGAAGAAUUGUCCAAAGUUGAUCCAGCUGUUGCUGCUUUGGUUGAUAUUCACAAUACCUUGGUCAACUCCUUGAUCAUUAAGGUAGCCAAUGAGGAACAAAAGAAGAAAUAUUUGCCCAAAUUGGCUCAAGAAUAUCCCGGAAGUUUUGCUUUGACUGAACCCGGCUCUGGUUCUGAUGCCUUCUCCUUGAAGACCACAGCUAAAAAGGAUGGCAACCAUUACAUUCUAAACGGUUCCAAGAUGUGGAUCUCCAACUCUGAUUUGUCUGGUGUGUUUGUUGUAUUUGCCAAUGCCAAGCCCGAAGAUGGUUACCGUGGCAUUACCACAUUCUUUGUUGAACGUGACACCCCCGGUUUCACCAUCAACAAGCCCGAAGACAAAUUGGGCAUCCGUGCCUCUGGUACUUGCAUGUUGACAUUCGAAAAUGUUCGCAUUCCCGAAGAAAACCUUUUGGGUACAUUCGGCCAUGGUUACAAAUACGCCGCUGGUUUCUUGAACGAAGGCCGUAUUGGUAUUGCCGCCCAAAUGAUUGGCUUGGCCCAAGGUAUCUUUGACCACACCAUCCCCUACUUGUUGGAACGUAAACAAUUCGGUUCGGACAUCUACAGCUUCCAAUCUAUGCAACAUCAAAUCGCCACCGUUGCCACCGAAAUUGAAGCUGCUCGCUUGUUGACCUACAAUGCUGCCCGUAUGGUUGAACACGGUGCACCCUUCGCCAAGGAAGCCGCUAUGGCCAAAUACUAUGCCUCCGAAGUUGCUCAACGUGCUGCCGUUAAGUGUAUCGACUGGAUGGGUGGUGUUGGCUUCACCCGUGACUUCCCCCACGAAAAGUACUACCGUGACGUUAAGAUCGGUGCUAUCUAUGAAGGUACCACCAACAUGCAGCUCAGCACAAUUGCCAAGCUCAUCAAGAAGGAAUACUCCUCUUAGGCGGUAAAAACAUGCUGUGCAUGUUCAUGCUAGUGAUUCAUUUUGAAACACCAUCCUUCCAUCGUUAAAAAUACUACAUCGUAACAGAUACCAACAGUGCAUUUAA